CAGCUACGGUGACAGCGAAACAAUUCUGUUGGGUUUGAUACGCUCAUUGAGGAUAUUCCAUUGUUCAGAGCUGGUCUCGUCCUCCAUAUCCUCGUUCUUUGUCGGUCUUUCGGUAUACAAGCUCGCUUUCUCUAUCUCGAUUUACAACCAUGGCUUCUACACUUCUUUUCAUGUCCCUGGUUGGACACUCUUUAGCAGCAGAUCUUGAGCGGCGUCAUGGCGAUGAGAACCCAUUCUGGGCCGCUCUCAACGACGACCUCGCCCGGUACUCUUUGCUGGCUCUUGGCUGUUUCGCAGCAUGCAUGUAUAUGUGGAAGAUGUGGUUCCGCAUCGCCGCCCAUAUGCGGCGGCUGGCAAGUUUCAGCAAUGAACGCCAGAACUACUUUGUACCGGCACACCCAACUCUCGCCAAAAUCAAGAAGCAUAUUGUCUAUGCUCCGCUCUUCCGUAACCGGCACAACAGGGAGUUCCAGCUCUCCCGGGCUGUCAAUAUGGGUACUCUGCCCAGCCGGUUCCACACUUUCAUCAUUGUCGGCAUUAUCGCCAUGAAUAUCACCCUCUGCUGCGUCACUGUGCCCUACAAGUCGGAGCCGGACUCUGUGGCGGGCGUCAUUCUCAGCCGAACGGGUGUGAUGGCGACUGUCAAUCUUAUCCCGCUCGUUCUUCUGGCCGGCAGAAACAAUCCGCUCAUCACGCUGCUCCAGGUGCCUUACGACACCUACAACCUGAUCCACCGCUGGCUGGCUAGGAUCGUAGUUUGUGAGGCUCUUGCCCAUACUUUUGCCUGGCUGAUCCCCAAGGCUCAAUCAAUGGGCUGGGAGGCGAUCUCACAGUCCUUUGCCCAUAGUACAUUCAUCCAGAGCGGGUUGAUUGGAACCUGUGCCUUUGUUGCGCUCUUGGUGCAUUCUCCUUCGGCGGUCCGUCACGCGUUUUAUGAGACAUUCCUCCACCUCCACAUUGCCUUUGCGGUGCUCGCAUUUGCUUACCUCUGGAUUCAUUUGGACGGACGAAAUGCGCAGAAUUUCCUCCUCGCGGCAAUCAUCCUCUGGGCGUUGGAAAGAUUUGCACGUCUUGUGAUCAUAGUGUACCGCAACGUCGGAGGGCGUGCUACAACUGCCGUGGUGGAGGCCCUGCCCGGUGACGCCAUGAGAAUCACCCUAAAGCUGUCGCGCCCAUGGGCCUUUGAACCCGGUCAGCAUAUGUAUCUGUAUAUUCCCGCAAUUGGCUGGUGGACGUCCCACCCCUUCUCAAUUGGAUGGAGUGAUGCGGAGGACGUCAUGGGCGACGAGAAGAGCCUCCCUGUAAGCAGUCGGGAUGUUUAUGGCCCUCAAAAAACAACCAUCUCUCUGCUGGUUCGCCGCCGGACUGGAUUCACCGACAAGCUCUUCCAGCGCGCUGUGAGCGCCGUCGAUUGCAAGGUCUCUCUUACAGCUUUUGCGGAAGGGCCAUAUGGCAGCAUUCACUCCAUGGACUCGUACGGGUCGGUUAUUUUGUUCGCUGGAGGUGUCGGCAUCACGCACUUGGUGCCAUUCUGCCGCCAUCUCGUCAAGGGAUACGCGGAGGGAACUGUGGCUGCACGCCGCGUCACUCUUGUUUGGAUUAUUCAGUCUCCUGAGCACUUGGAGUGGAUCCGACCCUGGAUGACCAGCAUUCUGGCCAUGAACCGCCGCCGCGAGGUCCUGCGGAUUCAGCUGUUCAUCACGCGGCCGCGUAAUACUAAAGAAAUCCAGAGCCCCAGUUCCACCGUGCAGAUGUUCCCGGGACGACCGAACAUCGACACACUUAUUGGGAUGGAGGUUGAGAAUCAGGUCGGGGCUAUGGGUGUGCUGGUCUGCGGUAAUGGCAGUUUGAGUGACGAUGUUCGCCGUGCCUGCCGGACUCGACAGGAUCGGACGCAAAUUGAUUUUGUUGAGGAGAGUUUCACGUGGUAG